AUGCCACGAGCAAUCCAAGUGAACCCCAUCAACGCCACAAUUUCUGCGGUGAUUUCAGUGCUGAUUUACCUUCCGUUAGUGUUGUGCGGGUUCUUCCUGAGAAGCAUUGUCCGAGCCAUCACGAAAUGCAAAUUCGGUCGACAAGCAGACGUCACAUUUUCUGGUGACUGUACAACUAUUGUCAAGGGCAUGCGCAAUCCGGACUCCCUGCUCGCCGCCAUCAUACAUUGCGAAAACGAGCUGUCGUUAGAACAGCUCAAAGAACGCUUUCGUGAAAAAAUCCUGGACGUCAGAAAUCCGGACGGUUCCUGGUUGCAUCCGAAACUCAGGUCCUCGUUCAUAUACUUCCUCAACUACUCUGUGUCAGUACCGUACCAGGACUUUGAUUCGGAUCAACAUUUUGUGUACUUGAUGGACAAAAACGGGCAACCGUUGGUGUGCCGCAGUGACCAAGACUUGGAAGAUGCCAUGGAAAAAUCUUUGAACACUGAUGUUCACCCGGACCAGCCUCUGGUUCCGAAAUGGAUAUUCCGAGUUUGUUACAAGCAAGAUCAAGGAUCAGUUCAUACUUGCAUCAUUAUGCAUUUAGACCAUAGGCUUGCUGACGCAGGAGGAAUUUUGCUCGCGCUGAUGCCAAAGUUUUUAGAUGAGGAUCUGAAGUCGGAUCCAAGUGUGAUGUUCCGAAGCAUGAGGCCAGUGAAACUGUGGCAAAGGCUGAUUUUGUAUGCAAAGGGAUUUCUCCUGAUUCCUUUGGUUCUGUUGAGGACUUUGAUGGUGGCUGUUGUGGACCGGAAUCCACUUCAUGACCGAGAAGGAAAACAACCCGGACGAUUCUUUCUGGCUCCACAACACAUUCCCAUGAAGAAACUGCGGGAAAUCCGAGUCAACACUGGAGCAACACUCAACACGAUUCUUUCAGUAAGUCUUUUCCGCGGCGUGCACAGAAUGUGCGAGAAAAUAAACGACGGAAGCGGUCCCUUGAAACGAUCAUGGAACUGGACAAUAACAGCUCCUAUCAGUCGUUGGCUGCCUGGAGACAAAGUCGAACUGAUUAACAGAUCAACAGGCAUCUUGUACGGCAUGAACUCAUCUGAAAUAUCAAAGAAUGAUCCCUUGGAUGCGUUGGCAAAGGCCAAGUACGUGUUCGAGGAUCCCUCAAAGAACGACUACGGCUGGGCAAUGAGAUUAUUGGGCUUGACAAUGUACAACUGGGUGCCGAUGUACGUUAAUGACUUGCUUUUCGCGAAAGGCGUACGAAAUUACACGGGUGUGUUUUCGAAUGUGAGAGGGAACGAAAGUGUUCAGCACAUGAUGGGGAAUAAGAUGAUCUCCAUGGUGCCUUACGUCAGCAUGUGGGAUAAUUUAGAUUACGGCAUGGUUUCAUUCAGCUAUCAUGAUUCUAUGACUGUUGCAUUGGCUGGAAGAAUCGGGUCUUUCAAGUCAAGAGAGGAACUCCGACAGCUCUGGCAUUUCAUCAAAGAAGAGAUAGAAAUUCUGCACGAGACAGCUGUCAAGAAAGUUUCAUAAUAAUUUUUUAGGAGUGAUAGGAUUACAGCAGAAAGCAAAAUAAACAGAUUCGAUUUUAAUUUUUACA